UCUCUGCAGAGAUAUUCAUGGUACAUAUUCAUAGACUACAAACAAUAUUUUUUCUCAAGUAAAUGAUAUUCUAAUGGGUCUCCUCGUUUUUAUCAGUGAUGUAAAUUUAAUCUUCAGUGCCUUUCUCAGAUUAACACAACUAGUUUUUAGAAACCCGUCAUAAAUUCCUAAAGGGAGAAACCAGGGAAGUCGAGACCUGGUCGAGACAACUUCCAACCUGAUUUCCUAGACCGGACCGGGAAUCGAACCCAGCCAACUUCAGCAUAGUUUUGCUUUGUAGCCGCGCAUCUUACCGCAUUGCUAAGGAAAGUCCCAGAUUUUCAAAAUGGAAAGAAGCUGUUUGAUUAUUGAUUUAUGUGUCAAAUCCGAAAAAUCCGAUGACACAUCGACAACUAUCCCAUUGGAUGACAACACUAAUGCUCAAGAGAAUCCACCAGGUGAUAUUAUUGAAGACCCAACGUAUAAAAGGAAAUAUACCGAACAGUGGUUAUCUGAGCAGAAUGAUAGUACGACAAUGCCAUUCGCCAGUAUAUCCACCCAGAUGUCAGACAGCAGCCAAGAGAUGCCUGUAACUAUCUCUGUGGAAGACACCACUAAUAUCAACGAUAAUCUACCAGAUGCUAUUGGAUACUCAACGAAUAAUAACAGGAAAUAUACCGAACAGUGGAUAUCUGAGCAAAAUGAUAUUCCAACAGCUGUAUUUAAUGACUUGCCACCUGCCAACUUAUCAUUCGCCCAGAUACCUCCAGUAAACAUCAGCGGCCAAGAGAUGCCUGUAGCCAUACCCACCGAAAUCGCCGAGUUGGUCAACGAGGAGUGUGUUAUUAAGCUGAUUAACCAUUUAGUCAUCUACGCGUUCAACAAAGUUACCGAAACGGAUCUACUCCACAAAUUGAUCUCAGUCACGCCAGACAUCGACCCGCAGCUUAAUUACCGGAUCAAUCUUGGUUUUGGAUGUAUCUACGAACGGUGCGUUGUGUUGUUCUACGAAGCAUUGCUGGAACUUACUCAAAUACUCAACAAAUUUACGGCGCCGCACCAGGAAAUCGUAAUACUGUGGAUGUACGACACGAUUGAAAACAUAUCCAGAGCUCACGGCGUCGAUAGCAGUUUCCUGCGCAACGAAAACCACAUAGAAACACUGUUGAAGGACUUUUCCGACAGCCACUUGUCCGUGCCAACACCGGAAAACGUUUUUUACAACGUUUAUCAGAAAAUGCAACCACGUGAAAUAAUGCCAAGUGAGAAUCAGCUAACGACUGCUGCCAGUGGGCCUCCGAGGAAGAGGGGAAAGCGAGGACCGCGGCAACCCCGUGCCAAAAGCAACCAGAAAGAUAGUACAAAAAGUAGUUCUUAAGAGAUUUGAAGUGAUUGAGAUUGAACGCCUUACGUGUUGCUGAUAAGUUAACAGUUUCACUAUACAAAUAGUCUAAUAUGUAUUUUUGUUAUAAUUACUAUGUUUAAUAGAAGAUUUAAUGAGCUACGGAGACUGCAGUGAAUCUGUUGAAUCAUGACCACUAUGAAUUCCUGUCUAGUAUUUUUGUACUGAUUAGACAGAGCAAUAAACAUGUUUUCUAUACUGUUUGAACAAUCAAA